CGUCCCUCUUCUUCCCUUUGCAUUCUCCCCUCUUUCCCCUCGUCCUCGCAUUCUUUUUUUUUUUUUCUUUAGAAUCGUGCACCCGUCGAAUCAGAACUCGUCUUUUCAAAUCAAGUGGUCCCAAAGACAAUAGAAUCUAGACUAGUACUAGCCUGGACGGCCAGAAACCUCUCCACUCCCCAUCCAAUCACCAUCUCUCUCUCUCUGUCUCUCUGUGGCAUCCAGUUCGAUUCCACAUUCACCAUGUCCCCCUCUCUCCAAACCACCACCACUACUACUGCAACGACCCUUGACCUCACCUCCAAACGCCGACGCUUCCAACCCCCAAUCACCAACUUCUUCACCACCACAUCCUCCUCCUCAUCCAACCCCCUCUCCACAGACAAUGCCACCACCCGCUCCCACCCCCUCUCCUACAACCACUACUCCACAGCAACCUGCUCCCCGACCCCCAUCGUCCCAACCAAAGUCCAAGCCUCCCUCCUCUCCGUCGGCAUGCGCGUCCGCAAAUCCGUCGCCGAAGGCUACAAAACCCAUCUCAGUCUCGCCAAGCUAGAUCCCAGCGUGCGCAACCUCAACCUCAACCUCAUCACCAACGACGAAGGCGAUGCCUUCUCCCUCCCUUCUAGCAGCCAGGAAUCCACCGCGCAUGCCGGCGGACAGAAACGGUCGUUUGAGCUAGAUGAUAUGGACGAGGAUAGUGCGGAGGAGGAGGAGAGCGAACAGGAUACGAUGGCGACUAUGCAGAACGGUGCGAUACUGGGCCGGACGAUCCUCGCCCCGAAGUUGAAUUCGCAGCGGCGACGGUUCGUGGCGCUCAAGAGACAUGCCACGACGGGGGGUAUGGAGGUUGAUGAUUUUGAGGAACCGACGUUUUUGAGGAGGAGGGAGGAGGAAGUAAGAGGAUUGUUUUUUCUUUUGGGCUUCGUUCGUUGUUUGUUCAUGUGGUGUUGUUUUAGCCGGCGUUGGUUGAGUUGGGUUUGUUGUACUAUAUUAUCUAUCUUCGCGUGUCUUUUUGUUUGGUUGCUUGUUGGGGGGGGGGGGGGUCAUGGGCUGGUUCUGUGACUGCUGUUAUGUGUCUUGAAGCAAGAAUCAUGAUGCAUGCAUGCAUACUGGUCCUGUUUCUUUCACCUGCUGUGUCCAUCAUUCUUUCUCUUUGCAUAUCCUUACUCAAUCCUGUCUGCUCUGCAUCCGUCUGUUGUCGAGCAUUCUACCCUGUACAUAAUAUCCAAUUGCUCUGAUGCUCUAGUUUAGAUCUGAGCUGUGUUUCUUUAACACCAGCCAGCAUACAUCAAUCAUAUCGACUCACUGAAUGAUGAGUGAAGCCUUGAGUCACUGUAUC